AUGGCAGCAAGUGGGAGUGAAGGAGCAAUGGCAGCAAGUGGGAGUGAAGGAGCAAUGGCAGCAAGUGGGAGUGAAGGAGCAAUGGCAGCAAGUGGGAGUGAAGGAGCAAUGGCAGCAAGUGGGAGUGAAGGAGCAAUGGCAGCAAGUGGGAGUGAAGGAGCAAUGGCAGCAAGUGGGAGUGAAGGAGCAAUGGCAGCAAGUGGGAGUGAAGGAGCAAUGGCAGCAAGUGGGAGUGAAGGAGCAAUGGCAGCAAGUGGGAGUGAAGGAGCAAUGGCAGCAAGUGGGAGUGAAGGAGCAAUGGCAGCAAGUGGGAGUGAAGGAGCAAUGGCAGCAAGUGGGAGUGAAGGAGCAAUGGCAGCAAGUGGGAGUGAAGGAGCAAUGGCAGCAAGUGGGAGUGAAGGAGCAAUGGCAGCAAGUGGGAGUGAAGGAGCAAUGGCAGCAAGUGGGAGUGAAGGAGCAAUGGCAGCAAGUGGGAGUGAAGGAGCAAUGGCAGCAAGUGGGAGUGAAGGAGCAAUGGCAGCAAGUGGGAGUGAAGGAGCAAUGGCAGCAAGUGGGAGUGAAGGAGCAAUGGCAGCAAGUGGGAGUGAAGGAGCAAUGGCAGCAAGUGGGAGUGAAGGAGCAAUGGCAGCAAGUGGGAGUGAAGGAGCAAUGGCAGCAAGUGGGAGUGAAGGAGCAAUGGCAGCAAGUGGGAGUGAAGGAGCAAUGGCAGCAAGUGGGAGUGAAGGAGCAAUGGCAGCAAGUGGGAGUGAAGGAGCAAUGGCAGCAAGUGGGAGUGAAGGAGCAAUGGCAGCAAGUGGGAGUGAAGGAGCAAUGGCAGCAAGUGGGAGUGAAGGAGCAAUGGCAGCAAGUGGGAGUGAAGGAGCAAUGGCAGCAAGUGGGAGUGAAGGAGCAAUGGCAGCAAGUGGGAGUGAAGGAGCAAUGGCAGCAAGUGGGAGUGAAGGAGCAAUGGCAGCAAGUGGGAGUGAAGGAGCAAUGGCAGCAAGUGGGAGUGAAGGAGCAAUGGCAGCAAGUGGGAGUGAAGGAGCAAUGGCAGCAAGUGGGAGUGAAGGAGCAAUGGCAGCAAGUGGGAGUGAAGGAGCAAUGGCAGCAAGUGGGAGUGAAGGAGCAAUGGCAGCAAGUGGGAGUGAAGGAGCAAUGGCAGCAAGUGGGAGUGAAGGAGCAAUGGCAGGAUGGGAGAUGGAUGGAGAAACAUAG